UGCAUAUAAACCUCAUCACCUUAUUAGCUUAUUCUGCCAAACUUUUCACCAUAUCCAAAUCUCCAUCAUACUGUUUCAUAAUAAAACUUCAAAAAAGAAUUGAAUUUCAUUUUUCUUCUUCAAACCGGUCCAAAUCUCGAUCAUACUGCCAAACUUUUCACCAUUUUUCUUCUUCAAACCGGAAGAAAGUGAUGAAGGGAGAAAGCACGCAGAAGAAAAUGGGUUACAGAUGGUUUGAUAUACUUCUUGCAAUGGCCUGGGCCUCCAGAUGGAGAAAAGCUUACAAGUGCAAGAGGGUGAUCAGGCGGCUUAAACAACGCAUAGAACUCCAGAAAAACCGAAUGGAUGCCAUUAUCAGGCAAGCCCGAAGUGAUGUUGCUCAGCUUCUGCAGAAUGGGCAGUUACACCUUGCUUUAUCAAAGGUGGAGCAGCUUCAUAGUGACCAGUGCAGGCUGGCUGCAUAUAAUCAGCUUCUUCACUUCUGUGACUGCAUCUUCACAAACCUCUCUGACUUCAGCAUGCACAGUAAAUUUUCUGAUGAAGGCAGGGAAGCUGCAUCGAGUAUCAUAUAUGCUUCAGCUAGAUGCAGUGAGUUACCUGAGCUACAUUCACUCAGAGAUUUGUUCAAACAGCAUUUUGGGAAAGCGUUCGAGAGAAUCAACGUUCAGCUGCUACCCGGGAACACAGUAAACUCUCAAACUAAGCAGAACCUAACCAGGAAGCCGGUAAUGGAAGAUAUCAAGCUCCAACUAACAGAUGAAAUAGCUAAUGAGUAUGCAAUUUCUUUGGGACCUCAACUUAAGUUACUUGCACGCGAAAAUUACAUUGAAUCUUGUGAGGUGAAGAAAAAGGAUGAACCCGAGGGGGGCUCGAGCAAGAAUGAGAGUAAACACAAAAGUUCAAGGACUUUGAAGCUGCAGGGUAUUCUGCAAAAGAUUAGAUCAAAUACUACUUUGACAAAUUCUACAGAGAUAAAGAUGAGGGGGAACAACAAUAUAGAUCCAUCAUUCGAGAUUGUACCUGAUGAAAGGGCAGAAGUGCAGCAUUCGAGCUCUAAGUGUUGUUACCCUGACAAAGUAAUAGAUCAAAGACACAGUCAUAUGUUCAAUAAGGAUGCCAGUUAUGCUCGCAAAGAGAGAAAUGUAGAGGUUCAAGAUUCUUAUAUAAUCGAUAAAGAUAAGAAGAAUCGUCCUCUCACUCAUGUUCAUCCUAAGCUUCCAGACUACGAGUGUUUAGCUGCCAAAUUCGAGGAUCUAAAAAGGCAGAAUGCAAAUGAUCAACCACUUACUAAGUGGAUGAGGUGAUAUGAUAGAAUACAACUCUCAACUAAAGCAGCCUUUAGUUUUUACUUUGUUCGGUUUCUUGUUCCUCUCAACA